AUGGGGUCUGCAACAUCUUCUAUGGCUGCAAAGUUUGCAUUUUUCCCACCAGACCCUCCAUCAUAUAGCACAUAUGUGGAUGAACCAACUGGGAAAUUGAGGAUCUCUGAUGUUCAUCCCAGAGAUGAUGUGGACGUGGUCAAGCUCAGCACCAAGAAAGGGAAUGAGAUUGUGGCCAUGUUUGUCAAAAACCCAUGUGCUUCUCUCACUCUGCUUUACUCCCAUGGAAAUGCUGCUGAUCUAGGUCAGAUGUACCACAUUUUCACUGAGCUUAGUCUUCAUCUUGGUGUAAAUCUCAUGGGGUACGACUAUUCUGGUUAUGGACAAUCUUCUGGAAAGCCAAGUGAGCAGGACACUUACGCAGACAUAGAAGCUGCCUAUAAAUGCCUUGAAGAGACGUAUGGUAUAAAGGAGGAAGACGUCAUAUUGUAUGGACAGUCAGUUGGAAGUGGACCUGCUUUGGAGUUGGCUAUUCGUUUGCCUCACUUGAGGGCUUUAGUUCUGCACAGUCCUAUACUGUCUGGCCUUCGAGUGAUGUACCCUGUUAAGAAAACAUUCUGGUUCGACAUUUACAAGAAUAUCGAUAAGAUCCCGUUUGUCAAUUGCCCAGUUCUGGUUAUUCAUGGAACUGAAGAUGAAGUUGUGGAUUUCUCCCAUGGUAAGCAACUGUGGGAGCUUUGCAAAGAGAAGUAUGAGCCUUUGUGGCUUAAAGGAGGGAACCAUUGUAAUUUGGAACUCUAUCCAGAGUACUUGAGGCAUCUCAGGAAGUUCAUAUCUGCCAUAGAGAAAUUACCACGUGUUCAAAGUUUACCUGAACCAAGUGCAGAUCAAUUGGAGUCUUCUCUGAAGACCAUAGACAACAAGGAGAAGGCCAGAUCAAGCACUGACCAGAAAGAGAAGUCUAGGUCCAGCACUGGGCAGAGAGAAAAAUCUAGACUGAGCACAGACGGCAGAGAGAAAUCAAGAACCAGCACUGAUAAGAGAGAGAAGUCAAGAAAGAGCACCGAUCGAUCUGGCAAGGCAAGAAAUAGCACGGAUCAGUCAGAGAGAGCUAGAAACAGCUUCGACCGCUUGGGAGAUAUGGUGAGGUCGGUUGGAUUGUGUAAUGUUGAUUGUCUGAAGCAUGCUGCAUUAGAGGCCUGA